AUGGUAAGUGUUUUCUAUUACAUGCUUUUGAGUCACUCCAGGACAGAAAACGGAGGUUUUUACUUGAAAAAGAUGCAAAAACAGAGAGACUCAAGGACGUGGACGAUUCCACUAAAAGAUUCAAAUAUUUGCUUGGACUGA